AUGAUUGUGGGAUUCCCAGGAAACAAGAAUAAUGUCGGAGCAUUAAUGGAAAGUUUCUGGUCUUACCAUGGAGAUGAAGUUCACAUGAUACUGGUCAACACUCCCGGUUAUGGGAGUUUCGAUGAAGACCGCUCAGAGCCAAUGACCGACAAGCACCACCGUCUCUUAGAGCCAUGGCUGAGGGCCAUUGUUCAAACCUUGCAACGAGAAUUGUUGAGUCCAUCUGAGAUUCAAUGGGCCGAAUUUGACCCUCGUGCAGUCAUAAAAGAAAACGGUCAGAUCCAAAUCAAGUCACUCAGAAUAGGAGAUCUUCCAAAGUCCUUCAAUGAUUUCGACAUUGCGCCGGUAGGAAAAUCUUUCGGCGUUUUUGCGGCCUCUAUAACGCGCCCUAUAAUGCGCCCACGGGGAGGACUGAUUGGCUAUACGCCGUUUCAAGGAAUUGCAAAGCUGGACUUGGCUGGAUGGUGGGGGAUCCUUUGGCGCUGGGCUAGACAUCGCAAUCCGUUUCCAAAUUGCGGCAAGCGCGUCAUUCUUGAUGACCCAUCGAUCAAACUCACCGAUGAGCAACGUCGUUUUAUUGAGGAUUAUGACGGGGAAGUGUUCACGGGAUUGAUGUCAGAGCUGGUCCCAGACCCUACCAAAGGUGAAGCUUCCCUAUUGAUCGUUGCGACCAAAGAGAAUGUCGUUGGUUCGGUCGAGAUGUCUAUUCGCAAGGCUCCGGGUGUUACGGUAAUCGAACGCAAGGGAAAUCACCGCCUUCGAGCAGAUAAGGAUUACCGGGAAUCAGUGAAAAAGUAUCUCAACGAGAGCUGGAAAGCUCACCAAGAACGAUGGACGAGGCGCAUGCCGCCGGUGGAGGUUUGCGGCGAUGAUCAGUCUCAAUGGUCUCCGUUCAUCAUCCCCUCUUUUCAGCCCCCCUCGUCUUGA